AUGCUUGCUAUUCAGUCUAUGGAAGGCCCUCCCAGGCCCCUUCCUGGCCCUCCUACUCUCGUAGGCCCAGAGUCGACUGAAGUGCGCCAGCCAAAGCCCAAGACUCUUCCCUGCAAGUACUGUAGCAAACGAUUCAGACGUGUUGAGCAUGUGCAGCGUCAUGAGCGCACUCACACAAAAGAGAAGCCAUUCUCAUGUGGUUGGGAUCGAUGUGGGAAGACAUUUGGAAGAAGGGAUCUUCUUGUCAGACAUGAGAAGCUCGUGCAUCUCAACGAAGGUAGUAAAGACAACAGCCGGCCAAGGAAGCUGUCGUCUAACACAUCUUCAACCUCACAUAAGAGUUCCAUUUCUGAGGGUCAAAUAAAUACUGAGGCUAUCGGACACCAACAUCCCAACGUUUCACGACCACCGCCACCUCAGCAACCUUUACCACAACCCCAGGUCUUUCACCAUGGCCCGCCUCCAGGUCCCCAACAAAGCCCUCAGGAUCACCGGGCACAACCUCGUUCGGCUGCUUGUAAUCUUGAUUUGCUAUCCGACGCGGCCCUUGCGAGUUCAGUGACGCCUGUUCAGAGAAAUGCAGCGCCUGCGACUCUUCCGCCACAUUCUCCAGAAUCUCGAAGAAAGAGCAGUUAUGGGGAAUCCAUCGUCGCCUACACAACCGAACGUCCUCGGGAGGACCAACCCCUGGGAUCGGGCUAUGUACCUCAGCAACCACCUCCAGGAUCUUAUGAUGAUUACAACCCUUUCCUCGACGAGUUCGCUGCUUCUUCUCACUUUUUGCCCCCAAGCUUCGAAACCGAGCAGCAAAUGAUGUACUCUCGAAGUCAAGGCAGUGCUGCCCAACGUCGGCUGUCGAAGUCUUCAUUCCUUCCAGGUCGUUUCCCACCUAUGCAGACUGAGGCACGAGAUCCUGCCGACCCUGCCGCCCGAGGUAUUGAUGAAGCAGCACGACAAUCAGCCCUCCGUAUCUCAGUAGCCGACCACACUGUGAUAAAGAACAGACUGGACGAAUUUUCAGCAGUUUUGCCAAACGACUUUGUAUUUCCCUCGCGACAUACAUUGACGCGUUUUCUGGAAGGCUAUAUCAGUGGACUUCAUGAACAUCUACCCUUCCUCCACCUUCCAACCUUCUCACCUGCCGAGGCCGCACCUGAGUUGCUUCUUGCUAUUCUCGCCGUAGGAGCCCAGUAUCGUUUCGAAAAGAACCGAGGAUAUGCCCUAUGGUAUGCUGCCAAGGCUGUGGCAAUGGAGCAGAUUCGACGAAGACGAAUUUCAGAAGUUCAUGCCCUCUUGCCAACUGCGGCUGCUUACAGUCCUCACUCCACACGUCCUUCACCGAGUGCCACAUACCGCCACUCCUUUGCUUCUGCGCAAUCCGAGCGGCCAACAACACAGGACACUCAUCGUGAGCCUUACUCUCCAAAUACUCCUCAAGCUCGUAUUGAGACUAUUCAAGCAGUCUUGCUUCUUUUUGCUGUCGGUCUUUGGGGUGUGCCAACUAUCCUGCACGAAGCACUGUCGCUACAGAGUAAUCUUGCCAUCCUGAUCCGGGAAGAAGGCCUUGUGGCAGAAGUGAACCAAAGUGUGGUCAAUGAUUGGGAGACAUGGAUUCGACUCGAGACCGCAACAAGGACGAAACUUGUUGCUUACUGCUUUUUCAAUCUUUGCAGCAUUGCGUACAACAUGCCACCAUUGCUGUUGACAUCUGAGCUCAACCUCCUAUUGCCACAGAGAGGCAAGCUCUGGAGAGCUGAGACUGCAUGGCAAUGGCAGGAAGUACGACAAUCGACACCGAUUAUCGAGCUCACCUUGCACGACGCUUUCUCACGACUAUUUGGCCGGACAAACCAAGGCCUCCCGCAACAUCUAUCGUCUCUCGGCAGUUAUGUUCUCAUCCAUGCACUUAUUCAGCAUAUAUACCUGCUCAAGCAGACAUCUUUUGCGACAGGCCUCCCAUACAACAUUCAUCGAACAAUGAAGCCUGAAGAUGUCGAGGAGGUUUCGCAGGCACUGCGGGUGUGGCAGACCAGCUUCGAAGACCAGCACCAGCUUAGGGCUGCGGAAUCGGGACAUUACAGCAUAUCGGAUUCGAUUGAGGGCGGAACGCUGGAUUACACGGCGACAGCUUUAUUGCGACAAGCAUACAUCCGACUCUAUACUGAUGUGACUCCGUCGACCGCGCUCGAGACUCGGGAUCCGCUUUUGGUGGCGUCGGCCUUGAGCAGGACCCCCUUACUAGUACGAAGUCUAAGACUGCACAGGGCAGUGUUCCAAGCGAUUCAUGCCCUGUCUAUGUUAGUCAAGGCAGGUGUCAACUACGUAGCCAGGACCAAAUCGACCGAAUGGAGCAUUCAGCACUCAUUAUGCAAUUUUGAGUGUGCCAUCCUGGUAUCUAAGUGGCUCUUGACGAUUGGUGCGAUUGGGCCGCAUGAUGCGCCUGCCUCUCAGGAGGAGACGAACUUGCUGGAUAUGGUGCGCCGAAUGCUUGACGAAACUGAAUUUGCAGUCCCGCCAAUCGACCCAUCACUUUCGGGACAGAACGAUGUGCCAUCAAGCGACAGUGCUAAGCUACGGCAACUGGCUGUUGCAGUUGUGCGACUGUGGGCCGAGACCUUCAAGGGAACACAUAUUUUCGAGACUGUCAAGGUUAUGGGUCAAAGUCUGGACGCAUAUGCGGACUUGAUCGAGAAGCCAAGAGAUAGAAGUCCCCCGGUUCGAUUCAAGCCAGUCAUCAUCAUGCCUUUUGCGACUGAACUUACGAAGCGACUGGGCAUCAGAGUGCCCGUCGUGCAAGGCGGCAUGAUGCACGUUGGCACCGCCGACCUCGCCUCAGCUGUUUCCAACGCAGGCGGUUUGGGCCUCAUCACCGCCCUCAUCUACCCAACACCAGAGGAACUGCGCAAGGAGAUUCAGCGCUGUCGUACUCUCACAAAGAACCCUUUCGGUGUCAACAUCACCCUUCUGCCUUCUAUGGUGCCUCCCAACUACGCCGCUUUCGCCCAGGCUAUUAUCGAUGAGGGUAUCAAGGUCGUCGAGACAGCCGGUAACUCGCCUGGUCCUGUUAUCACGCAGCUGAAGAAAGCUGGAAUUAUUGUUCUGCACAAGUGCACCACGAUUCGUCAUGCGCAGAGCGCUAUUAAGCUGGGCGUCGACUUCCUGAGCAUCGAUGGAUUCGAGUGCGCCGGCCACGUGGGAGAGAGCGAUAUCACGAAUUUCAUCCUUCUUAGCAAAGCGCGUCAGACACUCGGUGUGCCAUUCAUCGCCAGCGGUGGUUUCGCAGACGGUUAUGGACUUGCUGCCGCGCUGUGCCUGGGCGCUUGUGGUGUCAACAUGGGAACCCGCUUCAUGUGCACUGUCGAGGCGCCUGUGCAUGUCAAGGUCAAGGAGGAGAUUGUCCGCGCGCAAGAGACCGACACCACACUUCUUCUCCGACGAUGGACAAACACUACGCGGUUGUACAAGAACAAGGUUGCCCUUGACGCGCUUGAGAUUGAGAAGAAGAGCGAGACGGGCGAGUUUGCAGAGGUUGCGCCGUAUAUGAGCGGCAAGCGAGGAAAGGAAGUGUUCAUCACUGGAGAUGUCGACUAUGGCGUUUGGACAACAGGACAGGUUAUGGGUCUGAUUAAUGAUAUUCCUACAUGCAAUGAGCUUGUCGGAAGAAUUGAGAAGGAGGCUGAGACGGCGUUGAAAGAAAGACUUGCGCUGUUGGUGCCCGAGUCUAAACUAUAG